GAGUAUGGCGUUACAGUUACUUUAGCAUUCGACGACAGUCAGAUACCAGACUAGAGUUCAGAUCAUACAUUCAUACCACGUGCUUUUAUGUUCAAUUCGACUGUAAAUACAGUAGAACUUCGAUAAUUCGAAAUAAAGUUUUGCAUUUAUUCAUUAAAUCAUAUAAAUUUAUUUCGACGAUUCGAAAUUACAGCUUACAUUUAGGAUUUCGGAUUAUCGAAGUUUUACAACAAAAUGCCUAAAAGAAAUGCUAAACAGGCUGCAUUAGUGCCAAAAGAGAAGAAGACACCUGUGGUUAAAGAUAAAAUUGAAAAUAAUUCGGCUGGUGAAGAAGAAUUUAGUUUUAGGGAAUUUGAUAGUGACGAAGAGUACGAUGAUCAUAGCGAACAAGAUGAUUUUUAUGACAGUAGUGAUGAGCAAGAGGGCGAUGAUCAAGAACAAGACUACGAUGACGAAAGUGAUGUAGAAGAAGACGACGAUGAAGACGACGAUGAAGACGACGAUGAAGACGACGAUGAAGAUAACAGUGAGGGUGAAGCUGACUCUAAUGAAGAAACUGAAGAGGAAGAACAUGAAGUCAGUGGAGAAUUUUCAGACCAAGAGGACAAUUUGAGCAAUGUCACAGCAUCUCUCAAAAAGUUGAACAAUGUUCAAAAAUCCAAAAAACCCAUUCGAGAUAAGCAACCCAAAACAAAAGUCCCUUACAGUGCAAAGAAUGAAAAAGUUUCCAUUGUCAAGCAAACUAAAGCCAAACAAAAUAAUGAUGAUAAAGCUGAAAUUGUAAAAGCAAAGAAUGUCAGCAAAAAUAACACAGAAGUUGGUUUAAAAAAUCAAGUUGCAUUAAAAUUGGCUGAAAAUCAAAGUGAAAGAGAUGAAUAUGCAAGUGAUUCUUCCGAUGAAGAAGAUACUCGAAAUACUGUAGGUAACAUUCCCAUGAAAUGGUACGAUGGGUAUGAUCACGUGGGUUAUAAUUGGGAUGGAAAAAAAAUCUUGAAGCCUGAGAAAGGAGAUCAGCUUGAAAAUUUCUUGAAACGCAUGGAAGAUCCUGAUUUUUGGAGAACUGUCAAAGAUUAUCAAACAGGGCAAGAUGUUGUUCUUAGUGAAGCUGAUAUUGAACUUAUCACAAGAAUACAAAAGCAAAGGAUUCCUGAUGCUCAGUUUGAUGAAUACGCACCUUGGGUAGAAUGGUUUUCUUCACAAGUCAUGAAAACUCCACUCAGGCAAUUUCCUGAGCACAAAAGAUCAUUUCUUCCAUCAAAGAGUGAAGCUCAAAAAGUUUCAAAACUGGUUCAUGCUUUGAAAAUGGGAUGGAUUAAGUCGUCAGCUCAGUUGAGGAAAGAAAGAGCAGAGAAUAAUCCAAAUGAGCAACAGUUUUACAUGCUAUGGAAAACUGAUGAUCAAGCAGAAGAAAUGAGAAGAAUUCAAAAGCACAUUCCAGCACCAAAAAGAUUUUUACCUGGACACGCUGAGAGCUACAAUCCUCCUACUGAGUAUUUGUUUGAUAAUCGAGAGAUAAAAGAAUGGCACAAACUUAAAUCACAACCUCAUAAAAGGAAGCUUCAUUUUGUUCCUCAAAAAUACGAUGCGCUGAGAAAUGUACCUUCUUACCCCCGGUAUAUUAAGGAAAGAUUUCAAAGAUGUUUGGAUCUGUUUUUGUGUCCAAGAGCUAUAAAAAUGAAGUUGACUAUUGAACCAGAGGAACUAGUUCCUCAAUUGCCAAGUCCCAAAGAUUUACAGCCAUUCCCAACCACUCAAUCCAUUAUUUAUAAGGGGCAUACAGAUAUGGUGAGAUGUAUGACUGUAGAAGCAUCUGGUCAAUACCUUGCUACUGGAGGUGAUGAUAAUACUUUAAGAGUGUGGGAAGUAUCAACUGGAAGAUGUUUGAAAGUAGUGGAUUGUGGCGGAGUAGUAAGAAGUGUUGCCUGGUGUCCAAAUCAAAAUUUACCCUUAAUUGCUGUAGCAGCAGAUGAGCAGGUACUGCUGAUUAAUUCUGGCGUUGGAGAUCAUUUGAUUGCAAAGAAAGCAGACAAGCUUUUAGAAAUUAUUCCUGAAACUGAUUCUAUAGUUUCUGAAAGAGUUAAAGCUGCUGUACAGUGGCAGCAAAUCACUGAAAUAGAUAAUCCAGACCAAUGGAAAAAAGGUAUAAGAAUUGUUUUGAAACAUUUCAAAACUGUGAAACAAGUGACCUGGCAUGGCAAAGGUGACUACUUCUCUACAGUUAUGCCAGAUGGUCAAAAUAGAUCAAUUCUCAUUCAUCAGCUGUCAAAGAGAAAAUCAUUCAUUCCUAUUGGUAGACCAAGAGGACAAGUUCAAUGUGUACUGUUCCAUCCAAUCAAACCAUUUUUCUUUGUGGCCACUCAAAGACAUAUCAGAAUUUAUGAUCUUACUCAGCAAGAAAUGAUAAAAAAACUCUUGACAGGAUCUCAGUGGAUUUCUUCCAUGUCCAUACAUCCAGGUGGUGACAAUUUAAUUGUUGGGACAUACGAUAAAAAAUUGCUGUGGUUCGAUUUAGAUUUGAGCACAAAGCCAUAUCAAACACUUCGUCUCCAUGGUACAGGAAUUCGAGGAGUAGCAUAUCACAAACGAUAUCCUCUGUUUGCUUCAGGGUCAGAUGAUAAGUCAUUGAUAGUGUGUCAUGGCAUGGUGUACAAUGAUUUACUGCAAAAUCCGCUUAUUGUGCCUCUAAAACGACUGUGCGAUCAUGAAACAUUCGAUGAUUUUGGGAUUUUGGAUGUUAUAUUCCAUCCAAUUCAACCAUGGGUCUUUUCUGCAGGUGCAGAUUCAACUAUACGCUUAUAUACGUAAAAAAUUAUCUAGGAUUUCA